CCGCCAUGAGCAAGCGGAAUCAGGUGUCUUACGUGCGGCCAGCCGAACCGACGUUCCUGGCCCGCUUCAAGGAGCGGGUCGGCUACACGGAAGGGCCCACUGUGGACACCAAGAGAACCCAGCCUCAGCUCCCGGAAGAAGAUGGUGACCACAGCGACAAAGAUGACGAACAACCCCAAGUCGUGGUUUUGAAAAAAGGAGAUCUGUCAGCUGAAGAAGUCAUGAAAAUUAAAGCAGAGAUUAAGGCAGCCAAAGCAGAUGAAGAACCCGCGUCGGCCGAUGGAAGAAUCAUGUACCGGAAACCAGUCAAGCGUUCCUCUGAUGAAAAAUACUCGGGUUUGACAGCAAGCUCCAAAAAGAAGAGGACGAAUGAAGAGGAAAUGAGUAAGCAGGACUCGGUUACAAAGAACUCACAAAAGCAAAUCAGAAAUAGCAGCCUCCUUUCUUUUGACAAUGAUGAUGAAAACGAGUAAUUGUACAUAUUUUGGACUUAGUUUAUGGGAUAUUUUUUAAAAUAACAUUUUGUCUUUAUAAAAGUCAGACAAGUUCAUUAUAAAAAAUAUGGGAGAAAAUUAAUAAAACUGCUCACCAAUGCUCAGAUGCAAAAUGCCAACCACAAAAAAAUUAACUAGUGGUAUUUUAUUAUUUCACGUGUGUGGGGAUGUGUAUAUACAUUAUGCUUUUUAUAACACAAUUUACAUUGUGUGAUGUAUGUUUUAUGUCUAGCUUCUCACUUAACAUUACAGCCAUUUCUCCACAUCAAUAAAAUUCAAAGCCUCACAUCAAUAGGAUAGGGGAUUUCCUAAUGACAUGGAUCACCCGUGCAUCUUCUUCAUUAGCAGAACCCCACUUUAGGGGGGAGAUGAUAAGGCACCUAGAUGAAAACACAUCUCAGGCUCCUGCUAGGGUUGGUCUUAACAUGACUGUCCUGGGAGUAAAGAGAAAACUAUGUAGAUGCUUGGGUCUAAAAGGACAGACUUGGCAAACACGUACACUUACCCUUCUCCCUUCAUCCUGUCUGGAGCACAGAAGGGAGACCUGAGAGCCCUAGAGCCAUGUUCAGGAUGAAGGAGAGUGGCCACUGGCACUAGGAGGUACAGUGGGAAGGUUCAAGAAGCUGUCUGUCACCCCUGCAGGCAUGUCUCAGAGACUGCAGCAUCCGCAUCAACUGUCAGCCUCUGGGCCUUGUGCUACAGAAGCAAAAUAAUCGCCCUGCCUACUGAAGCCUCAUCAGGUUUCUGUUAAAUGCAGCCAAAUGCUCUCCUAACUCCAAUAGUAAACAGCUAGUAGAGCAAUUCAGAAUUGGUCUUCAGAAAUCUGAGUAUAUUUCUCAUGAUUCACUGAGAAUAGCCAGAAGCAGAGUUAAUUGGCUCUAGGUAUUUAAAUCAUUUUAAAGCCAUCAAUGCUAACUGUCAAACUGCUUCCAAGAGAAGUUACCCCCCGUAGCCUCAUGACCCUCUGAGGGCGUGUUUCCCCCCAACCCGUGACUGCGCUGGACUUGGACUAGUGCCAGCCCUGUCACUUUCAUCACUUUGAUAUGUAGAUAAUGCAAUUGAGCAAUUUCUGUUAAUGGAAAGUUCUUUGCUCUCCUAGGAAGGGGCUAAACUUUCAUACGUAUGUGGUCCAUUUUGUUGGCUUUUCACUAACUUUUUGUUCAUUUUUCAGUACUUUAGUUGUGGGUUUCUUAUUAACUUACUAUCUAGACUUUUUUGUUUCCAUAUUGACGCAUACAGGACAGGGUGGAACUGCCCCUGUAGACCUCCAAGAUUGUAACUCUUUUUAAGUAGAAAGCCUCGUUUUUCUCCCACAGCGCUGAUGGUUUUGAACAAUUGAGAAAUUUGGGGCUUUCUUUUUCCCCAUCUAAUUUUUUCAUUGUUCUUUGAUUCCCAACCGCUAUAUCAAAUAAAGAAUUGUCUAUAUUGUUUUAUA